AACAUCCUUAACGAUACACCGUGGAAUACAAAGUACCAACUGUCGUCUCACCUCGUCAUAUCCUACUCACAAAACCUCGAUCCUUUUCGACUUUCCCAGAGAAGAUCGAGUUCUAGCAAUGACGACGCCGGAAACCUUGAGCCGCGAGCAGUGCCUGUACAUGGCGAAGCUAGCCGAGCAAGCCGAGCGGUACGAGGAGAUGGUCAAAUUCAUGGACAAGCUGGCGGCGGAUUCCGCCGCCGCCGCCGCCGAGCUGACGGUGGAGGAGCGCAACCUGCUGUCGGUGGCGUACAAGAACGUGAUCGGGUCGCUGCGUGCGGCGUGGCGAAUCGUCUCGUCCAUAGAGCAGAAAGAGGAGAGCCGCAAGAACGAGGACCACGUCGUACUCGUCAAGGAUUACAGAUCCAAGGUCGAGUCUGAGCUCUCCGCCGUCUGCGCCCAAAUUCUCGGCCUCUUGGACCACCACUUGAUCCCCUCCGCCGCCGCCUCUGAGCCCAAAGUCUUCUACUUGAAGAUGAAGGGCGAUUACCAUCGCUAUUUAGCGGAGUUUAAGGUUGGGAAUGAGCGCAAAGAAGCUGCCGAGGAGACUAUGCUGGCUUAUAAAGCUGCUCAGGAUGUUGCAGUUGCUGAUCUUGCUCCUACACAUCCUAUACGGUUGGGUUUGGCACUCAACUUCUCGGUAUUCUACUACGAGAUUUUAAAUGCAGUGGAAAAGGCGUGUGGCAUGGCUAAGCAGGCCUUUGAGGAAGCCAUUGCCGAGCUGGACACUUUGGGCGAGGAGUCCUACAAGGAUAGCACGCUCAUCAUGCAACUUUUGCGGGAUAAUCUCACUCUCUGGACUUCUGAUAUGCAGGAUCAGACGGGCGAUGCUUGAGUUGAAUCACUUCUCGAUGGAUGUGCUCGAUCUCAAGUGUAUAAACUGCAGACUAAAUAUAUAUGACUAGUGAUGACUUGUGUGUUUUGUGUUGAUUUUCGUUGUCCUAACAUUGGUUUGAAAUCUAAGUUUGAGUGUUUGUUGGUUGUGUUA